ACAAAAGAAUGAACUUGAAUUAUCUCAGGAAUGCCUAAUGCUAAAGUCUCCAAGAGGGAGAAAGAGAGAGAGAGAAGCUAUGAAAACAGGUAGGUGGGCAGAAACUGGAUGAGUAUGCAGUAGAAGCUGAAGGCUUCGCAGUCCGAGCCGUUAAACACACAGCUAUCUCUGCAUCUCAUGCACACAAACACACGCUGCCUUCAGAUAAUGGGAGAAAAGGCAGCGCCGCUGCAUUAAAGAAGCAAGGACUGCUUGGGAGGGGGGACACUCUCUCUGGCUUGGACCAUGAGCAAUGAGUCUGCCAUAUGGAACCUAACAGAACACCCCACCGACGUCCCGUUGUCGUCAGGGACACAGAAUGGCUAUGUCCUCCUGCUGGUCCUCUUGUCCAUUUUUGUCGGGGGGACAGUGGUCCUGCUCUCUGUCCUUCUGAUUGUCUGUCGUCGAUGUUGUGAAGGGGACAGACGCCAUGCGUGGUUCAUUGUUUGCCUCAGGGCUAGCGAUGACACCGAGAAAAGUAACACCACAUAUAUUGAGGAGGCCCAGCCAGUGCAUGAGAUUACGAUUCGCAUUGAUGAGUCAGACUGCCUGUCGGCAGCCAGCUCCCACGACAUGGAGACAGAGCGUUUCCUUUCCACGGGCACAACCGGCCGCCGGGUCUCCUUCAACGAAGCAGCACUCUUUGAUCAUAGCAAAAAAACACAGGAGAAAGGUCGAAGGUACACGCUUACGGAGGGCGACUUCCAUCACUUGAAGAACGCGCGGCUCACCCACCUCCACUUCCCUCCACCCGCCCUCCAGAUACUCACCAUCCACGAGUGUGAGUCAUCAGAGAACAGUAUUGCCAUGACAACGCGCCCCGUCGCUAAAUCCAGCCUCUCAAUUUUCCAGCCACCAGUAUGUUCACUGCCACAGACUGCCCUGAUCAGCCGAAGUCUCAGUCCCAGCUCUGCCCUUCCUGGCGACGCUCUCAACUCCACUGUACACACAACGUUCUGUGAGAGCAUUGCGGCGGCCGGUCCUGAGCCCUCCAGUCCAUGUCUAAUGGAGGUCAGAGGAGGAGUCGGCAGAAGCACAGGCAUCAUGGGUAAUGGUAGAGAGGGUGCAUCGGCCUCAGCCACGGCCCUGUCCUCAUCUGGAGGGGCCCCUCAGGGCCCAAUGCUGCAGUUCUUCACCAAGCUCCGCCGACACGCCAGCCUUGAGGGAGCAAGUCCCUAUUUCAAGAUCAAGAAAUGGAAGUUUGACAGCAGCCAAAGAGCUUCAAGUCUAGACAUGAGAGGCUCCCCCAAACGAAGGCAGUUCCAGCGGCAGCGUGCAGCCAGCGAGAGCAUGGACCAAGAGGAGCAUGACGCCCAUCACAUCGACCUCAUACAAUACAUCGCUCGCACCAAGGAUGUUACCUACUGCCCCACCCGGGCCAGUCCACGCCUUCUGUCCCCCCCUUCCACACCCCCACCCUCCCUCGGCAGGUUAGAGGUGGAGGUGAUGGUGGAGCCGAGCUGCAGCAGAGCGAUGGGUCCCGGGGUGAUCGGCCUCAGCUCCGAGCCCCCAGAUGAGAGUCUUGGAAUGGGCUAUCAUCAGGAGAGCUUAGAACCUCAGACCUUGUACCGUGAUAUCUGGACUCUUCGCGCCUCCCUCGAGCGGUACGUCUCGUCCGACCAGAGCAGCAACAACGACAAAGACUCGGUCCGUAGUGACGCAGAAAGCGUGUGCUCUAUAGGGGGUAAGACCGAGAUGGGAGGACUGCCUAGGUUCCCCUCGCAGGAUAUUGGGGAUGAGAUAGAGGGGGAUGCAGACUUACCUCUAGAUGAGGGAUCGGAGAAAAGUCGUAAGCAGGAUAGCGUCGAUUCUGAAAGAGGAAGUGACGGGGAGCCAGGAAACCGCAAGCUCCUCCAGAUGGACAGCGGUUACGCCUCGAUAGAAGCACCUUCACGUGCUCCUGAGGAGCUGCGGCUGUUCGGAAGCAGCAGUAGCAGUAAAGACGGCUCUGCCGUGGAGCGCAGGCACUUCUUCAGCUCCGACCGCAAAGGGACCGUGUGCGAGAGCUUCGACACGGAGAUCUUUGAAGAAGAACUCGAAGAGGAACCAGCAGGUGCCAGUGGCGGUGUGGACGGAGUGGAAACGGACAAGAGCACCAUUCUGUGGUCCCCUUACGGCCAGAUGUUCACUCAACGGAAUGAUCAACCUCAUCCCCCCGCCCUUUCCCGCCGCGACUACAGCAUCGACGAGAAAACCGACGCGCUUUUCAACGAGUACUUGCGGCACGACCCACAGUUCGAUCAGCAGGAGUCCCCGCUGCGCUCCAAGCAUCGUUCUCGCGUGCACCUGCGCAAGCAGUGGCAGCGCUCCAAACAAUACAGCGACCCCGGCCAGCGCUUCCAAACCUCUUUUGACCGGUACCGCUCUCCGCUCCGACGUGGCGAAACUGUCAACUAUCCUUUAGAGACUAGCUACCACAGCACGCUCCCACGAAUCAUUAGCGCACCUGAUGAAGAGAGCAGCGAAGGUGCAACCAGUACUCCCGAGACACCCAAGGCAGAUCAGGAUACUGCUCCGGACAACAUAAGAAUAUCUUCCAGCACUGAAAGCCGUGGAACCAUCGACGAUAAGGAAGUCCUUGAGGCAUCACAGCCCCUUCCAACAAUAGACAUUGCUGGAGAGCAAUCGGUGGACCGGGAGAACUCUAGGCUAGCACUGCCACCCCCUGAGCCUCCUGAUGAAUGUACGCACAAAUGUACAAGCUACGGCCCACAGACAAUCACAGAAGAGCUGAGUGACAAGCUAGCGGCUACCCUCGAAGAGCGGCUGUACUCGGAUCUCCGCAGGACCAGGGAACCGUCCGAGUGUAGCGCAGUGACUAUGACCUACACAUCGCCCGAUCACAGUCCAGUGUAGCAUGUGGCUCCCUUCAUCUCCUCGUACAAGAACACUUCACAGCAACUAUAGGUCCAAAGUUUUAAUCGACAUUCACUCUGAUCUGGAACAGGUUUACUUUGGUCAUUUAAAUGAAGUUGAAAUCAUUGUCAUUAUGUCCUAGACCAAUGGUGUAGAGGCAUUUCUUCCAUGUCCAUUGUUAAAUAAACGUAGUUAAGGCGCAUACCUCAUGUUGCUCAGUGGACCAAGUCUUAAACAAAUGAAAUGUCAACUUCUGUUAUUAAAGCUCUCCAUUUAGCUACGCGUUGACUUCAAAAGCCAAUAUUUUCUCUGCACUAGGUAAUCCACUGUGAAUUUGGGUGCUAUUAGAUUAAAUAUUGAUUAUAUUUGUAAGUGCAUGAAUUUUAUUGCAAUGCUGCCUAUCUGGAUGUCUGUUCAUGACCCAAAUUAAGAAUAUUAUUAUCAUUUUUUUUAUUUUGAAAGUACAAGUACAAGUUUCAUUCACGUUGUGAUGAAAUGAAACACUAAAUGCUAUUUAUUAUUAGCGUCUGGGUUUUUGUUGUGUUGCUAAACUUGCUGUCUGACUUAAAAUUUCAGAAAAAAUCAUUGAUUACGGUAAUCUGAAACACCAUGGCAUUGGUCCAAUUCCUAAGUAAACUAUUUCCCAGUGUUUGUAAUUUGGGGUAAAUUACACUGGCACAUUCGCAACCAACUAUUAAUUGUCCCUGUCAUUUAAUAGCGUUCACCCGCCCCCCCCCCAUUGAAGUCCUGAUUGGUUAAAAAUGCCUCUUUGUGAGAUACUGUAAUUUUAUGACCAUUGACUUAUUAUAAUUAUUGUGCUUUUCAUCUUUUAAUUGUAUCAUUUGUUCUGUAUUGGUUAUCAUAUCUGUGAGAAUGAGUAGUAGAGUGAACAAUUUUAGUGCCAAAUUGUUGUCAGGUAAUACCAAGAUCAAACAUGAAAACACUGUAAGCAACAAACAGUCCUGUAAAAUAAGGAUCACAGAUUUGCCUCUCUGAGGGUUUGAAUCAAGCCUGAGACAUCUGAAUGAAUUUCAUUGAGAGAAGGGCAUGCCUUUUCUUGCAUGAGCUCUGUGUGUUCAUGAGCAGUACAUUUACGUGAAGAUGUGGCCUGGACAAAACCAUCAUUUAGAGUCUAUUAGAGCAAAUCCCACUGCCCAGCAUAAGCCAUUGUUGUAUCUCGGUACAAAUGCCACCAUUCACAUUAAUCCGAACUGUCCACUAUGCUAGUAUUUCCAUCUGUCAGCGUCGGCUCUUGGGUUGAGCUCACAGUAUGGGUUGCGUUAUAUUGAUCAUUCUGGGUUUGAUCUUCUAGUAAGAAUGCAAACAAAAGGUUGUCUUUAGCGGAUUCUCAGUUGUGAUGUGUUAGAAAGUCUAUCAUUGUGAAAUGUGAGCCCUUUGGCGACAUACAGUGUAGACUCUUGAUGUAAUGAAGCAAAGCUUGUGUAGCAUCUGUAGUCUUUGUCUAUGAAGGCUCACAAUGUUGUUGUGUGCCCUUUUAGGGCGAUUGUUAGAGCUGUCGAGUAGUACACUAAAGUCUACAUGUGCUAUUUAGGCUGCAGCUGAAGUACCCUAUCCAGAAAUAAAAAGCUUUCAUUAUCUAGGCGAACAAUGGCUGAUGUGUAUGGAGUAAUUAACAAUGCCAGAGAAAAGAGAGCUUCAGACUAGCUGAUAUUGUUUAUUGAUUGUUUCAGGCUAAAUGAAACGUACAGACCAUCUCACAUGAUUAAUAUGGUGCCUUCCUGUGCGUUUAACAUUUAAAGGGAUAGUUCAUCUGACAAUUAUCAUACAAUUUAAGUCAAUAGGGUCCAAUCAGUGUUAUUUUAGUAUAGUUAAGAUUAUAGGGUUUUUUUGUGCAUAUAUAAUUUUAAUUUAAUUUAUUAUUUUA